AUGGGUCGAUGUUCCGUGGAAUCAGGUGGUAAAUGCUAUGCCGCCAGAGUGAUAGAUAGAGGAUUACUCGGAAAUUUUAUUCGCUUGAAAAUGUUGGAUGGUACAAACAGUUUUAAAGAUUCAUCGCUAUCGGUGGAAACAAAACCUGAUAUUUCGAAAAAUUUUAUCAGAAUUAUAUACGGAUGCAUCGAUUCGUAUGAAAAAGUGGUACUUGCCUGCAGUAGCUAUCUCACAAAACAUGCGAUUCCACAAUCAAUUGAGUGCUGCGAUUCUGGUAAUAUGUGUAACGCUGCUCUGUUUCCGAAGUUUCACCAUUAUAGCGAGGACAUAGAAGCGGUGGAAAGUGCACUGAAAUAUAUAAAGAAAAGCGGCUUUUGGCGAGAGGGUAGCUUCGUAAGGGAGAAUACAGGUUUCAAGCCAAAUCUCAAUUUGGGUCCAGAUAUGUUGAUUGCUCGCUCAUCUAUCAGAAGUAUGCACAAUAGAAACCUGAUUAAAAGUGAAAUGUCGAAAGAAUACUUAACUUCUGGCUCUGGGACUGCAUAUAUCUUUAAUACUGUACCAAUGGUGACAUACAGUUUAGUAUUCUUCAUACUGUCAAUUAUUCUCGCACUUGUUGGCUAUAUUUAUAAGCGUCGUUUGCAGAAGGAUGGAUGUUGCCUUUAUGAGUUUAGUAAAUGCAGUUAUGUGACAAAGCGACCAGCUGUGGAAACGAUCUGCACUGCUAACAUUAAGGAAAAACAGCCAUGUAGCAAGAAUUUACAUUUGAUAAAUGCUACUGUAAAUAAACAUAAGCUAAAUGUAUGUCAUUAUGGUCCCAGUUUAUAUGCUGUCUCAUCUAACCAGACUCAUGAUGCUGACUGUAGCACAACAAAUAAAACAUAUUCCUGUCCAUAUUUAUUUACCCAAAGUGGCUUAAAUACCAUAGCUUCUCAGACAAUCAAUCGACAAAUCACUCUAAGCAAGUUUCUUGGUGAUGGGCGGAUUUCAGAUGUUUGGGACGGUAUAUUCAAAGGUGAAGAAGUUAUUGCUAAAGUGUUUCACUCUGGUGCUCGUUUGGCGAAUAACGUCUGGCGCCGGACAAUUUCAUUACAUCGUUCAAUUCUGCUUCGACAUAAAUCAAUUCAUGGGUUAAUGUUUGCUGAUUGGCUUAAUUAUCCCACAGAAAAAUAUCUUUCUACUCUUAAAAAUAACUGUUCAUAUACAACGUCAAUUGUUCCUUCACCAUGUGCUUUGCUUAUCGGUGAAAAAUGCAGUUAUGGUACUUUAAAAGAUCUCUUAUCAAACAAUAUUCCCGAUGUAGUUUCUUGUAAACAUCCAACUGCUUUCGAGAACUGUGAUAUGAUUGGGUAUAUAAAUGAUCACUUUAAUACUGCAUGUAAUUCCGAAGUUACCCGACUACGUAUGCUUAUGGAGAUUGCAAAUAGUCUAGCCCGAGGACUUUGGUUUUUGCACUCAGAAUUUUCUGGUACUCGAGGGAAACCAUCUAUUGCUCAUCGAAAUCUGAAACCAUCAAACAUAUAUAUUCGUUCUGAUUGGUCAUGUUGUAUUGGUGAUAUUGGAUAUGCUGUUCGAUCACCGCCUCCGUGUCCACUUCCUAUUCCUACAGAUCAUUUGUACAGUGUUUAUGAACAGUAUGAGAAUUACCUGAUAAAGCAUACAGAUGUCAGAGGUAAUUCAUGUGGCUUUACUGCAUCCGAAAAGCUCAGUGAUGAUCCUAUACAUAAUAAACGAUCUGCAUACAUUACAUUACAAGAAUAUUUGACGGGUACGGAGUAUAAUGAAUGCUUUCGUGAGAACUGUAGGUCUCUGGAUCAAUACAGUCUUCCAGCUGAAGAUGAAACUUGCAAUUCACUAUUCGAUAAGUUAGAAGUCUUAGACUGGUGGCCUAUAGGUGGACUACAUGCCGGUACACCUCGGUACCUAGCACCAGAGCUGUUAUGCAAAUCAAUCAAUCCAUUCUGCUUAGAGUCUUAUCAAAAAUCUGAUAUAUACGCGUUGGCUUUAAUUCUUUGGGAAAUCGUUAGUUGGGCAUUGCCAAAGUCUAUUUGGCCGGGUGUAGAAUCGUCAGAUGCAUCAAGCUCAUUGAACAAAUCUUCAUUCAGAAGGACUCAGUGUUCAGCUGAGGAUGAUUCAAUGAGUUUAAAUCAUUUUCAUUCGUCACACGGAAGUAAAUCAUCAAAUGGUUUUCCGUCUUCAACAGUGUAUUCACCAGUUUACCAAGAUGAAUGGUUUCAGCUAUUAAGCAGACUUGAAUACAGCUGUACAACUGAUGAAUCACAUCGUUUAUUAAACUCGAGGGCUUCAACGGAUGGACAGAUGAAGAAUAAAGAGCCAGAUAUUCAGACAAUGAUCCAAUUAGUGUGUGAACAACAAUUGAGACCUCGUACACCGACACCCCUUCCAGUCGAAACGAUCAACGGAAUGAUUGGGGUUUGCAGCAGUUCUCAUCCAAAAAUCUCGCCUUUUCGUGAUACUGUGAUGGCAGUACACAUGCAGUUACGUAAUACAAACAGUAAUCUUAAUAAUAAUAACGACAAUUUUAUUACUGUGGAUAAUGAGAAGUUAAUCGCUAAAAUUUAUCGAGGCUCAUCAUCUUCCAGUGCAUCAUCACUACAAAGUAAUGAUCAUACAAACUUAAACUCAAACUCCAAGUUACAUAAUUCCGAUGAAUUAGAAAUUAUAAAACUACAGAGUGUAAUUGCUAAUCAAUUUGCUCUCCUGCUACCAGAAUGUUGGACAACUGAACCAGAUCCACGUUUAUCAGCAUUACGCAUUAGAAAACGUUUACAAAGUAUUUACGAGUUAAUGAGUAAGUUAUAG